AUGUCACUUGACUCAACUUACAAGCUGCAGAACAUUACAGAUGUUUAUGAUGUGGCCCGUAUACAAGAAGCCAGUUUGCGACAGGAGAAUGUCUACACACUCAGACGUUCUAAGUCACCUCUGACACUUCCUCUCUGCUCUUACACCACAAACAUCCUUACCCACAGAAACAGGACAGAGGCCCCCUUCUCUAUUUCAUCUGUGCCAGUGAACCAAUCAGCAAGAAUGAAUAAUGAAAAGAACUGUCUUAGCCCAAAAGUGACCAGACUUCAUGAGUACAAGAUGCUCAAGCGUGCACAGAAUCAAGGUGUAUCCAGUAGGUCCAGAUCACCCAUGCGUACCAGUCUUCGCUCUCUGCAGGCAGUGAGGAGCAGUCGCAGUUUAGACAUUGACCACUACAAUCUUGACCAGAUCCUUCACGUCAGACCUGGUGCGUCAUCUGCAAGAACAGACUCAAGUUACAGGUCUGCAUCCCAUUCAGCUCACCACAUGGAGCCUGUCCAGCCCACAGCCAUAAAAAGGUGCCAGAGGUCCCACUCCCUCAGCCCAUGCAGGAUCCCACACCCAUCCAUUUCCUCUGCGGAGAGUUUUUGCUCCUCUCAAAAAAGAGGUGCAGCCUGGGUCCGAAGUGGAAGACAACUACAAAGAUGA